AACUGAGGACCAACUAGCAUAAAGUUUAAAAACGCACACCACCAGGGGGCACACAUGCUAAACUAACUUUUUGGCCGAAUUCCGGAUAAAACAAACAGUUUUAAUACACACAUCCACAUUACUGUACUUCAAUAAAAAAGCAACAUGUUCGAAUUUCAAUUUGAUAUGGAAAUUGAAAUUAGAAUUAUAAAACUGUCGACAGAAGUAUUACAUACUACGUUUGAAUCACUAGCUAUCGACUGUACUUCCAUAUUACUUUAAAAGUAGAUAGCUGUAAAUCUGGAGAUAUUUCUUAUUUUUUUGGUGUUCUGUCGUUGCAUAACAAUGUAUUUAGCGAUUUUUUUUGCCCCCUAUGGCCCCUUGUCGUUGCAGCUGCCUUUCAAAACUGCUCCUCUUUAUUGUAUCCCAUAAUGCUCUUUUCAGGAAAUACAUUCUAUGGUGUACCAUCAUUUUUUGAAGAGUAUCGCUGAUUUCUCAGGCUUCACAAUAUCACAGAGCCGUCUUCCACGCUCUUUCUCAAUAUCUAUAUUAUAACGUCUCCUCUUCUAAAACUGAUGUGAAAUCGUCUGUUAAAAUGUCGUACUCCAUUACGUUGCAGACGCAGUUGAUCGACAUUAUGGAGGUGUUGGCCAAAGCGGCGGUGGCUGAUAUUUGCAAGCUUUUCGACGCCGAGUCCGCGGUAUUGCGGUCGGAAAUGUCUCUGAGUCAGUACGAAAACAAAGCACUGAAGAGAAAAUUACUGCACAUGGAGAGAGAGUUGAUGACCGUACGGGCUAUAAAAACGUCGGGAAAGGCAAGCUCCACCGAAGCCGACGUUGAACGAGGGGUGGAAUAUUCCUCCACUUUAAGUGUCUUGGAGAAAGAGCCUCACAUGCACUUGUGGAAAGAUGGAGUGCCCGUCGUGCAUGACGCUGAUGUUGACAGCUCCCUGCAGUCAGUCACCGAGUUCGCAGAAUCGAUGGAGGAGAGGACUGAUUUUUUUCUUGUAAAAGAGGAGAAAUUUGAAGACUUUGGGAACAGUGACUCACAGAGUGGGACAGAGUUUGGCAUGGAGAAGGUUUUGGAAUGUGAGGCUCAAACCGGGGAGGGGCCUCGUCGCCGGGAGGCGGAGCCUGGCGCACACCCCGCCCUCCUUUCGGGAGCUGAGCAGGAGCUGGAUUCGUAUCCCGGGGCCGCGGGGACGGCGGGAGGCGAGGACCCCUGUGGGUUUUUCCUCUGCGGAGAGAGCCUCGGUGCGGCGAAGGAGGCCGGGCCCUGCGGGGCGGACGGCGCAGGAAACCAGUUCAUCUGCACGUACUGCGGGAAGAGCUGCGUCUGCUUCAGCCAGUUCCAGAGGCACGUGCAGACUCACCUGGACGGGAGACCGCACGCCUGCGCCGAGCGCGGGGACGGAAUCCCCCAGAAGAGCGGCGACGUUCGUCAGGACGUCCCGGCCGCGGAGAGAUCCCCGGGAAAGGGAAAUUUUGCGUGCGUUUAUUGUGGGAAGGGUUUCUCUAAAAAGCAGUGUCUCGACGUGCACCAGCGGAUUCACACGGGAGAGAAACCGUACCAGUGUUCCGAGUGCGGCCGGAGGUUCUCCAAGAAGUGCAACCUCAGUUUUCACCAGCGCACUCACACGGGAGAGAAACCGUUCAGGUGCCCCAAGUGCGGGAAGACUUUCUCCCAGAAAUCCAACCUGAAGAGACACGAAGACAAGCACGUUCAGACUGCCCAGAGGGCCCUUAAAAAGAGCCGCUGCAGCUGCAGGCAUUGUGGGAAGGUUUGCGUUUCUCCGUCGCACCUUGAAAUACACCUGCGCACUCACACGGGGGAGAAACCGUACCAGUGCUCCGAGUGUGGGAAGAGCUUCGCCAAGAAGUGCAACCUCAAUUUCCACCAGCGCACUCACACGGGAGAGAAACCGUUCAGCUGCGCCAUGUGUGGGAAGUGCUUCUCGCAGAAGUUCAAUUUGAAACGACACGAAAGCGUUCACAUCAUCGGGAACUCCUCUAGAGAAGAGUUUGUUCAGUUCAGUGCACUGUAGGGGGGGAUUCCAGUGGGAUCACAGGAGAAAAACCCCCAGCUGUGUGCAGAGCCCUUACGCAUGGGGGCCUCUUCAUCCAAAUUCAACCGGGAUUUAGGCGUUUUACCAGCUUAUUUUUCCGGUUUUCUCCUAAUUUCCUUCAGGCAGUCUUUGUGUAUUUAAAUGAAUAAAACAGAAUUUUAGACAUGGUAUAACAGAUACAGGGGUCUAAAGAUGUUCCAAAAUGGUUGCUACUUUGGGGAGUUAACACAAAUAUGAAUGUACUUCCUAUGAAAAUUAGAUUAUUAAAGGUCCAGGGUACUACAUUUUAAUUGUGGUUAUAUUUCCCAGAAUUGAUUGUCGUCUUAAUAUUUUUUUCAAUUAUUUAAUCCAGUUAUAACCAUUAAAUUGUAAUAAACAGCUUUAGAUUAUUGUGACCUGUUCAGCGGGAAAGUGGGUGCGUAUCCUGCACUCAUUAACAUUAAUAUCCGUAAGACAGUCCUAUGUAAACCGUUCCUCAGCUAGACAGUUGAUAUGUGGACCAGGUCAUCAUCCUUAUAGAAUUCCUUCAUGGUUAAAAUCUAUUUAUUCUUAAUCCUGGUUGUGCACCAUGUGUUCAUGCAAUACACUUUUUGGGCACAGGGCCCUUCCCUGACAUUUCUGAACUAUAAGCCAUAGAGAAUAGAGAAUUGAGGUUCUCUUCCAUCCUCUAAACAGUUAUACAUUAAAAAGCUUUGUGUUUUUUAAAAACAGGACAGUAGUUUGCAACAAUGUGUGUUUUUCUGUGUGAGCUCUGAACCAGAACAGCGAUCUCUGGUGGCCAAAGACUAUAUUACAGGUAGACAUAAUCAAGGUUGGGUGUUUGUCACGGAAAUAUUAGCUGAAGUUGCGGGGCAGUCAUGGCUAAUUUUUUGAAAAUCACGUAAAAAUUAAAAGUUGAAGAAAUCAUGGAGUUUAAAAAAAUAAUAAUUUAUUGAAUUAAUAUCUCAUGCUCAGUGCAGCCGUGGCAAACAGUUGACAUGCGCCGCUUUAGCAACAAUAGCAAGUGCUUCAAAAAAAUCUACAGACAGUUGCCAGCUGCUAUCGCUGUACGAGUUAAAUACAUUGAUAGGCUAUUUUCCGUGGAAUGUAAAUAUUAUUUAUGAUGGAAUCAGAUUUCACAUACUCAGAAUGGGAAUGAUUUUCCUGCUUGUAUUCUGUAUAUGGUCAUGUGAAAUGCAAGAUGGACAGUAACUGAGUGCUCAUGAGUAAAAUAAUGGAUUUACAAUCACUGCCUAUGCCUUGUUCAGCCUGUGCAGGGUGGGUACUUUUAAGGGCAUUCAUUCCUUGGGCAAAAUAAUGUUCCAUGUUCUUUUCAGAAAACCUGGGAAUUGACUUAGAAUAAACUGCGUCUUUGAUAUUUAACAGAUGUUAUCACUACUUUUUAACUUUUAUGUUUGUACUUUCUGAUGUGCAAUGACAUUGAUUGAGAAAUGAUUUCAUGCAUAAUUUGCGCUCCAGAAGGUGGUAUUUCAAGGUAUUUUAUGGCUUUCCACGCUGUGGAGUGUAGUCUUAAAACAUUUGUGUUAAAAAUAAUCACACUUUAACAAUGGUGAAACUUUUAUCUACUGUUGUGAUCAGGCUGAACUUUGUAUUUAAAUUAAAUUCAUUUAGAAAAAAGA